GGCCUCGAACACACCGUCAGCGCCGUCGCCGUCGCCCACGCCCCCCAACGACCAUCCUCGUCCCAAGUCCUCUGUCCCUGCUGAACCUUUCCCGCUCUCCAUGAUAUGCCACGCCCGCAUAAUGCAGGACCCUCUACGCUUCGCAACCGCAACCGAGUUACCAACAAGACACGCCUUAAGGUCAUCAAGGAGAGUAUCGAUGCCGAUCCGAUUGUGCUCGAUGAAGACGAGGAGAAGGCCAGGGUCGUAUCUACAGCAGGUGUCGACGCUGAGGAUGCCCAGGAACAUCAUUUGCAAGCCGUGCUCACUGCAGCGGCCACCAGACACCAGAGCAUCGCACGGUCGACGCGAGCGGCGACAGACAAGGAGUCCCUACAGCCGGCGGCAUUUAUUCCGACUCCAGAUAGCACUGGUAUUGUGGACAACUAUGAAGAAUUGUACCCGCCAAGCCGCUGGAUUGACCCCACCAACUAUGUCAAGUCCUCGGACACCGUCGAGGAAUCCAUAUCCUUCGCCCUCGCUAACGGGUUCAUAUACUACAUGGACGAGCGAGAUAAGGAGUGGCUCGACAGAAACAAUGAAGAAGCUCGUGGUGAAGGCACCAGCGCGCAGGGCGCGAUCUCUGGGAGCACUCGAUCUGGUCGCAGCUCGAAGGCGAAGGGCAAGGAUCCCGAGGUCUCACAACCUGUUGCCAUGUCCGAAGACGAGUUUGAACUCGUAAUGGCUAUAUUUGAGAAAGUGACACACGAAAAGACUGAGUUCUUGCACCAUGGUCUCGAACAAGGCUCCGCUUUUCCUCCCUUCACCGACUACCAAGAUGUAUUCAUGGCUGAGCUACCGCCUGAUAUGUUCGCGCUUUACCAGGUACCCUCCUGGAAACCAGAGCCAGAUAAGUUGACACGAAUCGCCAAGGUUGUCUAUCCUUACUGGCGAGAACGCCGCCUUGAACGAGGCGGCCAUCCCAUUAUACCCUCUGUGAAUCUUGAUGAGAUGGACACCAAGAACGAGUCUUACAUAUGCUUCCGACGACGAGAGAUCAAGGCGAUUCGGAAAACCCGUGCCCAGCAAGCGACGUAUUCUGACAAAUUGCUUCGUAUCAAACUUGAUCUGGAGAAGGCCAGGGAAAUGGCCGAUCUUGUCAACAAGCGCGAGGAGUCGAAACGAGAAUCAGCAGUAAUUGGCCACUCCUUGUGGGAGAGUCGGUUCAGACUUGUUGACCUCAAACGAAAGCACCCGAGUCUAGGUACGAAAGAAGACGAUGAGCUACUCCAUGACAAGGAGCGUGUCCCGAAGAAAGUCAAGACCGAUACUGCAGGUCGACCAGUGGUCAGGUUACAUACAGGGAGUCGGGAACCCGUCAUCCACCAAGAGCCUAUAAUGCAUCCCAGGGCUCGACACGAGUUGAUUCAAAAGCAAAUAGAGUCAGAGAUGGCCAAACGCAAGGAGAAGGACCAUCAUUGGGAAGAUGCAUUAGACAACCCGUAUCAAAACACGCCAACAUCGUUUCCAUCGCGCCUGUUCAAGUUCAUCCAAGCGAGUCGUCCUUCACCAACAUUGGACGCGUCAGCGAGUACCCCUCCUACGUCACCAAGUCGGCAACGUGCUGCUCGUCUUCGUUUUGGUCGCGGAGGGCGAAUACUGCUGGAUCGACGUCUCCCUACGCCACGUCUGUUGCUGUCGUCGAACCCGGAGGAGCAGGCCGAAUCCAAGGAAGACAUACGCAGACUUCGUGAACGUUGGAGGUUCGACGAUGACGACGCACCAGCCGUCGGUCCAGAAGGUCCGGACGAGCAAGAUCGUAAGCUAGUCGAUGACUUCAGUACACCGUAUGUCUUCUUUUGUUCGGGUGCCAGAGACAAUCUUACUGAUGCACCGACUAGAUACCUGUGUUAUCACAUGAAGCUCAUGACCGAUCAAGACCAUGCAAUGCUGAAUACUGAUACUUCUAUCACGGUGACUACUUCUGAAGGGCGACAGCAGCAAAUAGUACCGUACCGUCUCGGUAUACCACAGCCUGUUCGCACACGGGAACAGUCAAGUGUACCAUCACAGCGCCCUGCUCCUUCCCCUACACCUGCCACCCCCAGCGUUUCUUCUCUUCGCCAUCCGAAUGGUACGUCGAUGGCUUUGUCGUCCAGCAAUGGUGGCACUCCUGUAUCCGUGCCGGCGCAUCUGAAGAGCAUGCCGCCGCCUGCGACAGUCCCAUCUCUCAGGAUAUCAGCUAAUGGAGGCAUGCGUGCCAAUACACCUUCAACUUCGUCUGCUUCACCGACCGUGCCAUCGCAGCGUCCUUCCCAGUCACCUGUACGAGAUAUGAUGCACGCUCAUGGUACAUUGGAGGAACCAAAUGGUGUAGUCAAGCACGAACAGGAGGUGAAGAUGACAGUCCCCAGUCAGGUGAACGGUUCAGAGGUCAGUCAGGCGGAUAUCAUUAUGUCACCAGCACCAAUUCAAGCAUCGCCUGUCUCUGCGCAAAUGUCACCCAUCCCGCACAAGUCGCCUGCCCAACAACACCAUUCGAACCCCGUACCCACCGUACCAAAUGGCCAUUACAUCGCCGCUGUUAACGGUUACGGCGCGCACGUACCCGCAGGCACGCCGUAUCUGCAUACAGGCGUGAGACCAAAUGGUCUCACGGCCCAGCAGAUGCAGACACUGAAAGCCGCAGGUUAUCCAAAUCUGACAGGUCAAGGCGGUUCGACGCAAGUAGGCACCAUGCAUAUGCCCAUACGGCCUCCCACCACCUACAUGACCCAUCCCAGUGCCGAUUAUAAUUCACAGCUUGCCAUUGCCCGACAGUUACAGCAGUGGCAGCGACAACCCGUCCAUCUCGUAGAUGCGAAUGGUGCUGACAGCGCGCUGGCAACGACGUUGUCACCACCGAUGAAUCCUCCACGUGUUCCUUCAUCGAAUGGUAGUCGCGGGGUCUCGCUGCAGAGGGGGUUGCAAUCGCCGGGGCUUCAACAUACCAUGGGCUCACCGCAAGGGAGAGCGUCGCCAGCAAACUCACAUAUGGUUCGCCUUGCACCUCACUCGCCAUCACCUCAUCACCUCAGUCCGUCUCUUGCUGCUGCCCAAGCUCAGUCAUCACCGACCCGACCACCUCAACCCACGCUACCAUCUCCUUCUCUCCAACCGCGUCAGGUUGUUGGAAGUUCUGGAGUGGGGUAUUAGUCCUAUUGUUAUGCUCACGAUAAUCUCAUAUCCCCCAUCGACUCUUGUUAGUUUUCCAUGCUUUUUGGCUAGUCGGCUGUACGUUUUUGUCCCAUUUGUUAUCAUGUUUAUAUACUCUCCCCUCCUCUCCAUUCUUCAAUGAUCAAUUGACAUGCAUCAUGAGUUUCGUGCCAUGUAUAUUAUUUUACCUUGCAUUCAAGUACUGCUCCCGGAUAUCUGAGCAGAGCUCGUUUUUGAUGACAUUGGGA